CCGACGGCCGCGCCCGCGCCCCGGCCCGCGCGGAUUGGCCGACCUCGCGGCCAGGUGAGGCAGCCCCGCCCCUCGGCUCCAGGUGCGGCGGUGGGACCGCGGCCGCGGCCCGGGCCGGGACGGGCGGCCGAGGCGCCAUGGCCGAGUCCCAGCUGAGCUGCCUGGACGAGGCGCACGUGAACGAGAGGGUGACCGAGGCGCAGGCCGCCUUCUACUACUGCGAGCGGCGGCGGGCCGCGCUGGAGGCGCUGCUGGGCGGCGGCGAGCAGGCCUACCGCGAGCGGGUCAAGAAGGAGCGGCUUCGGGACUUCCUCUCCAGCCAGGAGCGCCAGGCCCUCCGCGCCGCCUGGAGCCCCUACGAGGAUGCCGCCGCCGCCGCCGCCGCCGCCGCUCGGGGCAAGGGCAAGGCCAAGGCCAAGGCCCCGGCCCCGGCCCCAGCCCAGGCCUCUGCGGAGCCCGGAGAGUCCCUCGCCUACUGGCCCGACCUCUCCGACACCGAGGUGCCCCCGCUGGACCUGGGCUGGACCGACACCCGCGUCUACCGUGGCGUGAACCGCGUCACCCUCUUUACCCACCCCCCCAAGGAGGAGAAGGCGCCCCACCUCAAGGAGGUGGUCAGGCAGAUGAUCCAACAGGCACAGAAGGUCAUUGCUGUGGUCAUGGACCUCUUCACUGAUGGUGAUAUCUUCCAAGACAUCGUGGAUGCUGCGUCUAAGCGCCGGGUCCCGGUGUAUAUCAUCCUGGAUGAGGCAGGCGUAAAGUUUUUCCUGGAGAUGUGUCAGGGCCUGGAGCUUGCUGACUACCGUAUUCGGAACAUCCGUGUCCGCUCUGUGACAGGUGUUGGCUUCUACAUGCCCAUGGGGAAGGUCAAGGGGACCCUGUCAUCAAAGUUCCUAAUGGUAGAUGGUGAAAAAGUAGCCACUGGAUCUUACAGGUUCACCUGGAGCUCCUCCUACGUGGACAGGAACCUUCUCCUCCUCCUGACGGGGCAGAACGUGGAGCCCUUUGACUUGGAGUUCCGGGAGCUGUAUGCCAUCUCUGAGGAGGUGAACUUGUACCAGGAGCUGAGCCUGGCGGGAGGUGCCGGGAGGCUCGGCCCCAACUACUCCUCCACCGUGGCUCGCAAGCUGAUCAACCCCAAGUACGCCCUGGUGGUAGGCAGCCGCCAUCCGCCGGGCGAGAUGAUGCGCUGGGCCGCCCGGCAGCAGCAGGAUGCGGGGGGCGACCCCGAGGGGCAGGAGGAGGGCAGCAGAGGCGGCGAGGCGGCCCGGCGCCUGGAGAACUUCCUGAGUGACCUGGUCACGCUGGAGCAGGUGCUGCCCCCCGUGGAGCCCGUUCCCUCUGGAGAGCUGAUUCGGAAGGACGGCAGGGCGAUCUCCCACCUGCACAUGGACCUGAAGCCCAAACCCCGCGAGGCGCUUGUCCGAAACGGCAAGGGAGAAGCCGCCAACGGGGAGGCCACUCCGGCCAAGGAGGGCAAGCGCUUUAGCAACAGGUUCUUCAGUCGCCGGGCCAAGAGGCCCACGGCGCCCAAUGGCACAGCCAGCUCCCUCUCCACCGAGACCUUUGCGGAAGUGGAGUUUGUGCCGGGGAAGAAGUCCAACGAGGGCUCCAGCGCUGACAUCUCAGGCAAAACGAAUCCCAGUCCUUCCAAGGCCAGCAAUUGCGUGAUCUCCUAAGCCACACAGGCCAGCAGUGGGCAGGACCUGUGGAUGACCCAGCCCUGUCCUAUGGAGAAUACAGGUCAAACCCUGCGCCAGUUUGCACUUCGGACCCUUACUUGCUUCCUGCCCAACAGCCUCCAUCCUGGCCUCAGGGACCCUCAAUCCCAGAUGUGAGAGUCGGCAGCACAUCAAGACAAUCACACGCCACCGCCGUGAGACUGUCGCCGCCGGGCAGGGGUCACUCCUUCUUGUUUACAUGAAGUGGAAGCUUGA